AGCCUUUUGUGCAGCAGCAUGUCCAGAGAAGAGCAGAGCUUUUCAGAGGUCGAGCUCAGUCCGGGGAUGUCGGACGACAGUCGCUCCCUGUCGCCAGGCCACUCCUCCGGCGCGACGGGCGGGGGGGACUCGCCUCUCCACGGGCGGCAGCAGCCGCAGCUGGCCGGUCUGGACGAUGCGUCGGCGGGCUGCUCGUCCGUCAAAUCCGAAGACGAGGAUGAGCGCUUCCCGGCGGGGAUCCGUGAGGCGGUGAGCCAGGUGCUCAACUGCUACGACUGGACCCUCGUGCCCAUGCCGGUGCGCGUGAACACCGGGAGCAAGAACAAGCCGCACGUGAAGAGGCCCAUGAACGCGUUCAUGGUGUGGGCGCAGGCGGCGCGGAGGAAACUGGCGGACCAGCACCCGCACCUGCACAACGCGGAGCUCAGCAAGACCCUGGGGAAGCUGUGGAGGCUUCUCAAUGAGAGUGACAAGCGGCCGUUCAUUGAGGAGGCAGAGAGGCUGAGGAAGCAGCAUAAGAAGGACUAUCCCGAUUACAAGUACCAGCCACGACGCCGCAAGAAUGGAAAGCUUGGAUCCGGAUCAGGAAGUGACGCCGACAGCCAUUUGGACGGUGAGGACAGCCACAGCCAGUCCCACUACAAGGGCCUCCACCUGGAUGUGGUCCACAGUGAGGGAGCCGGGUCCCCUCUGGCAGAUGGGCACCACCCUCGUGCUGCAGGUCAGAGCCACAGUCCUCCCACACCUCCCACCACUCCGAAGACAGAGUCUCAGCCGGGGAAGACAGGGGAGGGUAAAAGGGAGGGUGCUGGGAAUGGCAGCUCCCGUGGCUCAAUGGGAGCAGAAGCGAGUUCAGGUGCUCCGGGAUCUGGGAAACCUCACAUUGACUUUGGGAAUGUGGACAUUGGUGAAAUAAGUCAUGAGGUGAUGGCCAACAUGGAGCCUUUUGACGUUAACGAGUUUGACCAGUACCUUCCCCCCAACGGGCACCCGGGGGUUGGGCAGAGUGCCGGGGCAGGAGGAGCAGCGACAGCCUCCCCAGCUUCUCCCUACACCUACGGCAUCUCCUCAGCUCUGGCAGCGGCCAGCGGACACUCAGCGGCCUGGCUCUCCAAGCAGCAGCAGCAGCCGCAGCAACACCACGGCUCCCCUCUGGGCUCAGACCACUCCAAGGCUCAGAUCAAGAGCGAGUCCGGAGGUACCGGAGGCCACUUUGUAGAAACAGCCUCGGCAGGUUCCCACGUCACCUACACCCCUCUCAGCCUCCCUCACUACAGUUCUGCCUUCCCCUCACUGGCCUCGAGGGCUCAGUUUGCAGAUUACGCUGACCACCAGGCCUCAGGGUCAUACUACGCCCACUCCAGCCAGGCCUCAGGGUUGUACUCCGCCUUUUCUUACAUGGGGCCCUCCCAGAGGCCCCUGUACACCACCAUCACUGACCCAGUGAGCGUAACGCAGUCGCACAGCCCCACACACUGGGAACAGCCGGUCUACACAACACUGUCGCGGCCAUGACAGACAAUGAGACCAGAGGGCUCCGGUGCAAGUUCAGCCCCAGCGUCAGACCAGAGGAGCAGCAGCGUCGGUGGUAUCAGUGGUGAAGCUGGUCUGGCCAGGGGGGAGUGGGCAGGCACUGGGGGAGUCAUCUGGGGAGGCAGGAAACCCUGUUCAGCUCUUGGCCAGAUGCAAAAAUGUCAUCACAGCCCAAGGAUGAGCUCCGUGUGGUUCUUUUGAAGAAGCACACAAUGUAGUAGUCAGAGAGGGUUUUACUUUGGUGGUGCAAAGAAAAUUAAAAACUUCCGCCCACAACACCACCUCAAGAAAGCGUCCAGCACUCCAAGCAACACACAAAUCCAUGGGUGGUGACUUCAUGUGUAUCAGAGGGGGCAUCCCGCGGUCUUCAACCCUCUGCUACAGGCCAACACAGGCACAAAGUGUGAAGGGUGUGGCUGAGAGGGAGCCAAAUUCAUUCUAAAUGAGAUGUUUUUAUAAUGCAGCGAGAAAGGAGUGCCAAACUUUUGUUGGUAUUUCAGACAAAUAUUUUAUAAGGCACAAAGUUUUUCUGUACGUCAAUACAAAUACUACAUGAGCAAUGUGUCCCUGUUUAAUUAAAAUGAUCACGCUGUCUUCACUUAAAAUGUCUGAUGAACAGGUAUUGAAGACGAAUGCCUGAAAACACACUGAGGUUUUUGGGGUUUUCUUUUCUUUUUCUUUUUUUGUAUAUUUAGUCAAAAACAAUUUUCAUAAUGGCUGACUUUUAUCAGAACUAUUUUUACAAUGUACUUGAAUUUGCAAAUGUACCUGUAUUGAUGCAUAUAGCUACUAAAUAUUUGUAAGAAAAAAUGACCAAAGUUUUGACACCAAAACUUCAUGUUUACUUUUAUUAGAGAAGAAACUGAUUUACAAGAGGUUUCUCCCAACGUGACACUCAAAACUACCUUACAUUUUAUAGCCAAUUAGCUUUCAUCUUAGCUGGGACUCGUUUGUCCAGGGUGACUUAUUGUAAAUUACUUUAAAAUUUACUUGUGUCAAAAGCUACUUUUGCCUUUUCUCACAAUGGCACUGAUGUGUGUGAUAAUGUCAUUGGUUCCUGACUCAUGACCGACGAUCACGACAAAACACAAUUCUAUUUAAACUCAGAUAAUCCAUUUACACUGACGAUGAUCACAGUGUGUCGCUACAGAAUACAACGGUUGUUCUAAAAAGUGACUGGAAUGCUAUAGAUUGUGUUUCGCCAUCAUUAUCUUCACUGAAUGUCCGCACCACUGCCUUUUUUUGCCUUUUGCUUGUGUGUAAUACAAAAUGUGUACAUAGAACAGUAUUCAGUGUGAACAGUCAGACCUUUUGCUUGCAGUUGUGUUACUAAAAAAUAUAUUUUAAGACAUUUACAAAGUGGAUGAUGCCAAUACCGAGAAACAGCUGCCAGAGACUGAGCAUUUUUUAACACAACCUAAUAAUCAACAUAUAAUGUGCCUUGUCCUUAAUAACACUUUAAAAACAGAUGAAACGGAGCGGUAACAACCUCCAUUUAACUCAUUUGUUGGUGUCAUUUUCGAUUUUUAAACAGUUUCUCAUGCUGUCUGUUAUUGCUCUAAUUUGUAUUCUUUAUUUCUUAAAUAUAUCUGUACUUUAAGUAUCUUAUUCUACAUCUGGAGAGGUUAAAGGAAAACUAUAAUUUGCUUCAUUUUUAUGCACAAUAUAUCCCUGCUGGACACAGAUCUGCUUGUUUUACUGCUUAGUUGAAGCUUAAAGUCCUUAUUUAGCGAUUUACCUCCAAAACAAGGUGCAGAGUUCAUUGUACGCGCUUGUUGCUUUGUGUGAAACAUGCGCAACAUUGCUUUGGAUUUUACAUUCUUUAUUUAUAUUUGAUUGAAGUUUGUGUGCACUGUUGUUUACGUGUGUUAAGAAGAAAACUUACUCCUACUGCCGUUUAAGUAUUUCAUAUUUCUCAUCUUGUGUAACUGUCAGCAGAGCAGCCUCUAAAUAACAGCAGCAGCCAGAGCCUACACAUGUGAUGAUGACUAAUGAUGUUUUAUUCUCCACUUGAAAUAAAGGUCUUAUUAUUUCUGCUCGAAUAGAA